AUGGAUCUCAAAAUCAAGAAGCGAGUCCUCAACAUCAUCAAACACGAUAGAACCUCGGCGUCCGAAUUGUCAGAAGUCAACGUUUCUCUAGGGGAGGUUUUCGCUGCGGCCGCCAAGAACUUCUGUGACGAUAGCGAAGUUGACAUUAAGUCCAUCGACGCGAUCGGAUCUCAUGGACAAACAAUUUGGCUGGCUUCUAUGCCGGAAGAGGGCGUUCCAAAGUCUGCCCUCACAAUGGCAGAGGGCACCAUCAUAGCCUCACGCACUGGAAUCACCACCGUGACUGACUUCCGUGUAUCGGAUCAGUCUGCUGGGCGUCAGGGCGCCCCCCUCAUUGCCUUCUUUGACGCACUAUUGCUGCAUCAUCCCGGAAAGCUUCGCGCAUGCCAAAAUAUUGGCGGUAUUGCGAAUGUGUGCUUCAUUCCACCUGAGGGGCCGGAUCAUGCGUACGACUUUGACACCGGUCCGGGCAAUGCACUCAUUGAUGCGGUUGUGAGGCACUAUACGAAUGGUAGAAUGGAAUACGACAAGGAUGGAGUGAUGGGCAAGCGCGGAACAGUGUGUCAGGGUCUCGUUGACAAGUUCAUCACAGAUGUUCCUUACUUUUCAUGGGACCCGCCGAAGACAACGGGACGCGAAGUGUUCCGCGACACCUUGGCAGACGACCUUAUACGCGACGCCGAGGCUCUUGGACUGUCUGCCGAUGAUGUAGUUGCUACUGUCACUAGAAUAACUUCUCAGGCGAUAGUGGACCAUUGGAGCCGGUAUGGUCCAGAGGGGAAGCAGGUUGACGAGGUAUUUAUGUGUGGUGGAGGGGCGUACAAUCCCAACAUCACAGAUUACAUGAAAGAACACCUUCCCGGGGUCAAGAUGUUCAUGUUGGAUGAUGCUGGUAUACCUGGUGGUGCAAAGGAAGCCGUAACCUUUGCAUGGCAAGGAAUGGAAGCUCUUGUUGGCCGGAGCAUACCAGUUCCAGAGCGAGUAGAGACUCAGAGACCAUACGUUCUCGGUAAAGUGAACCCCGGGGAAAACUACAGGAAGGUCAUGAGCAAAGGGCGGGAGACGCUGGGCUGGGUGACUGAAAUGGUGAACUACGUGGAUGGUAGUGCUUUCGAUAACAAGUGGUGA